ACCAGGAGGGGCUCGCGGUCCUCCUGCGCCAUGCCGGCCGGCGCCGAGCCGCGAGCCCACCGGCCUGGAGUCGGGGUGGGCGUAGUGGUGACUAGCUGCAGGCAUCCUCGCUGUGUCCUCCUGGGAAAGAGGAAGGGGUCAUUUGGAGCUGGCAGUUUCCAACUUCCCGGGGGUCAUUUGGAGUUCGGUGAAAGCUGGGAAGAAUGUGCUCAAAGGGAAACCUGGGAAGAAGCAGCUCUUCACCUGAAAAAUGUUCGUUUUGCCUCGGUUGUGAAUUCUUUCAUUGAGAAGGAGAAUUACCAUUAUGUCACUAUACUAAUGAAAGGAGAGGUGGAUGUGACUCAUGAUUCAGAACCUAAGAAUGUAGAGCCUGAAAAAAAUGAAAGUUGGGAGUGGGUUCUUUGGGAAGAAUUUCCUCCACUGGACCAGCUUUUCUGGGCCCUACGUUGUUUAAAGGAACAAGGUUACGAUCCAUUUAAGGAAGAUUUGGAUCAUCUGGUAGGAUAUAAAGGAAAUCAUCUCUGGAAGAACAAGAUUACCUGAUUUAAAAAAAAAAAAGACAAAAUAAGAUCCAGAGAAUGAAAAAUACCUGUAGUUCAGAACAACUCCAUUUUAUCUAAAAAGUUCCAUAUCAUUACCAGUUUAUUUUCAGUCUCUUAAUAUGCCUACCACCCUUUCAGCCAGUACUUACGAAAAAUUUCCUGGGAUUAUAAUUUAUAUUCCAGACUCAGAAAAUGUAUUAAAUGGUGAUAUUGUGAUCAAUCUGCUUUCUGUAUUUCACUAUGAUAUUUUCUGUGUAGUUUGUCAUUAUCAGCUUGCAUGGAGUGCGAUAGAAUUUGCCUUAGUGUUUCAGUUCAAAUAGAGAUCCUAAUUCAGAUGCUAACACUAUAUGCCUGUAGUAGAAUAUAUCAUGUUUGUUGAUUUUUCUCUUCUGUUUUAUCUAACACAAAAGAUUUUUGGUAAUAUAUUGUGAUAGUCCUUUAAACUAGAGUGAACAGGACAGGUUAUUAGGGUAUAUUUCCUAGGUUUCUGAUUGGGAACCUAAAUCAAGAGAAGUGAGAACAACCUCCUAGGAUAUGUAUUCUAUCAUUAGCAAGCCAUCUAAUUUUGGAUUUCUCUCUUAAUCUCUGUGAGAUCCAGUAUCCUUAUAUGUAAAAUAGGGAGAUUAGACUAGAGCAGUGGUUCUCAAAUGUGAUUUGGGGAAGUCCUUGAGCCCUUUGAAGGAUACUCAAGAGCCAAGCUGUUUUUUUAAUACUAAGACAUGACUUGCCUUUUUUACUCUCCUUCUUUCCUGAGUGUUCAGAGGAGUUUUCUCAGUGCUUCGUGAUUUGUGCUAACAGACUGAAUGCAAGAGCAGAUAGGAGAAUCCAGCUCUCUUCUAUUAAACCAGAUAUUAAAGACAUUUCCAAAAAUA